UCGACGAGCUCAAAAACUACGAUGACUUGACAACGUUUAGCAAAAUAAAAGAAUUAAUAGAUCCAUUGCAAGAAAAAGUCGAACUCAGACAAAUUGCCAAUGAGUAUAGUCAAUCUUGUAGAGAACUUUUUGAUAUUGGAGAGGAGGAGGGGGAGAGUUGGUAUAUUGGAGUUGGAAGAAAAAGGCGAUCUUAUAACAGAAGAGACUCGAGGCCUGAACAAGAAAGUGGAGAGGAAAGUGGCGAAGAAGACAAUCGUGAUUAUAACUCGAGUGUGCUUAAUGUUGAAGCAAACAAUAAUGAACAGAGUGGAACAGAGUUAG